GUUCCGCAGGUGGCAGCGAUGGCCCGGUCCUGAGCGCCCCCCGCCAUGGCCGGCGCCCCCAGCCCGCUCUGCCUGGCCCUGCUGCUGCUCGGGGCGGUGGGCAGGGCCGGCCCCCGCCCCCAGGGUGCCACUGUGUCCCUCUCAGAGACAGUGCAGAAAUGGCGAGAAUACCGACACCAGUGCCAACGCUUCCUGACUGAGGCUCCACCCCCAGCCACAGGCCUGUUUUGCAAUCGGACCUUCGAUGAGUAUGCCUGCUGGCCAGACGGGCUGCCGGGCUCCUUCGUGAAUGUCAGCUGCCCCUGGUACCUGCCCUGGGCCAGCAGUGUGCUGCAGGGCCACGUGUACCGGUUCUGCACAGCCGAGGGCCUGUGGCUGCGCCAGGACAACUCCAGCCUGCCCUGGAGGAACCUGUCUGAGUGCGAGGAGUCCAAGCGAGGGGAGAGAAGCUCCCCAGAGGAGCAGCUCCUGUCCUUUUCCAUCAUCUACACGGUGGGCUACACACUCUCCUUCUCCGCUCUGGUCAUCGCCUCGGCCAUCCUCCUGAGCUUCAGACACCUGCACUGCACCCGGAAUUACAUCCACCUGAACCUGUUUGCGUCCUUCAUCCUCCGAGCGCUGUCCGUCUUCAUCAGGGACGCGGUCCUCAAGUGGAUGUACAGCACAGCCCCCCAGCAGCACCAAUGGGAUGGGCUCCUCUCCUACCAGGAUUCUCUGGGCUGCCGCCUGGUGUUCCUGCUCAUGCAGUACUGCGUGGCGGCCAAUUACUACUGGCUCCUGGUGGAGGGCGUGUACCUGUACACGCUGCUGGCCUUCUCAGUCUUCUCCGAGCAGCGCAUCUUCAGGCUCUAUCUGAGCAUAGGCUGGGGUGUCCCCCUGCUGUUUGUUAUCCCUUGGGGCAUUGUCAAGUACCUCUAUGAGGAUGAAGGCUGCUGGACCAGAAACUCAAACAUGAAUUACUGGCUCAUUAUCCGGCUGCCCAUUCUCUUUGCCAUUGGGGUGAACUUCCUCAUCUUUGUCCGGGUCAUCUGCAUUGUGGUGUCCAAACUGAAAGCCAAUCUCAUGUGCAAGACGGACAUCAAGUGCAGACUUGCCAAGUCCACACUGACGCUCAUCCCCCUGCUGGGAACCCACGAGGUCGUCUUUGCCUUUGUGAUGGAUGAACAUGCACGGGGGACACUGCGCUUCAUCAAGCUGUUCACAGAGCUCUCCUUCACCUCCUUCCAGGGGCUGAUGGUGGCCAUCUUGUACUGCUUUGUCAACAAUGAGGUCCAGAUGGAGUUUCGGAGGAGCUGGGAGCGCUGGCGGCUCAAGCACUUGCACAUCCAGAGGGACAGCAGCAUGAAGCCCCUCAAGUGUCCCACCAGUAGCCUGACCAGCGGGGGCACGGUGGGCAGCAGUGUGUAUGCAGCCACCUGCCAGGCCUCCUGCAGCUAAGCCCCCCAGCCCCUACCCUUCCUGUGGUCUCGCUGCUGGCUGGGUGGCCACCCCGGGUGGGAGAGACCCUGCCGGGGCUGGGGAAGGGAGGGAUGCACGCACACACCCAUUCCUGCUUUCCCUUCCCAAACCCAUCAGGCAGGCAAUGGGCAGUGCCUCCUGGGACCCGUGGCUACAUUUCCUCUGUGGAGAAACAGCCUACUAAUUUGAUCACUAUGGCAGGAGAGAAAAAAUGUUGCUAAAAUGAGGAGGAUUUCUUCCCGUUAAGCCACUAGGUCCCUGGGGUUCCCCAAGACAGAGCAGCAUAUCAGCCCCAGACUUGCACUCAAGGUCAGUGGCUUAUUAGUGGGAUUGGGCUUGCAAAAGGAGGUGGUUCUGAAAGAGGCUCACAUAACCUCAGCCAAACAGAGCUUAGGGAACGUGAGCCAAGUCUGCUGGCCUCCAGUUAGGUCACCAGUGCCACCCCCCCACUGCCUCCUCAUUAAGGGGCACUGUUCACAUUGCUUGUUCAUCUCGCUCCCUCAUCUCGCCACCUCGUCUUUGGGGGCCUUUGGUUGGGCCACCGGCAGCUGUUUCUAGAAGUGUUGACAAUGAACACUGAGAAGGUGCCUGAUGGUUUCCUUCGCUGGUGCCCACUUCUCCCGUGGGUGUUUGACCUGCUUUGGUGGCUGCUCCCACUAUGUCGAGGGAACCAGGGAAAGUCCACUGCUGAGGAGCCCAGCUCUUGGCAUGAACUCUGAAUUCUAUUCUAGAGUUGCUCCAGAAUCCUCUAGGGUUCAACUAGGGAACUUUAGGAAUAUUUGCACUGGGGGCUACAGUGUACCUGCAACUGUCGGGAACCCAGAAGGCCAAGAGCUUUACUUCCACCUCUCCAUGGAAAUGCUUUUUAUUUGUGACCAGAUUAUGGGAGUUUGGGGGUGCCCUCUAACUCUAAGAGAUGUGACCAAAAAGAGACUUCUGGGGAAACUACCUGUCACCACUGUUACCAUGGAGGCAGUCUUCCCCUAUCCUUGGUUUCUUCCCCCUUGAAAUUCUCCCGCUUGGAAGCCUGUAUAUAUACUUAAUGCAUUUUUCUUUAUUGCUGUGAAUAGUCUGCAUGUGCAAGUGUGCAAUUCUGACUCCUCCCACCUGAUGGAAAAAAGAACUAAAUCAUUGUGAUUGUGAUAUUUUUGGGGGGAGUGGGGUAGUUGAUUUGACUCACCCACAUUUUGAGCUAAUCAAUGUUUUCCCUGCCUCUAGUUUGAUCCCAUAAAUAAUGACCAGCAGACAGGCUAGAGAGGAGAAACCUAUCAGUCCUGCCCCAGCCAUGGUGAGAGGGCAGACCUGUAGCAGCACCACGGAGACCCAGACAAAAGGGAAACAGCCAUCCAAGGGAGUUUGUGGAUGCAAAGGAAGUUUCCAGAGCAGGAGAAAACUCUUAGGAGUCCCAACCUCCUGGGAAGGCAGAGAGAGAAGCUUCGGAUGAAUUCCUUUAUGAGUCCAUUUCUCCCUCCUUCCCCUUUUUAAGUGGUGGGGGACCCUCCCCAAAGCCUUGCACCAGACAUAUUUUCCCGUGCCUCUCAGAGAGCCAUGUGAUGUACGGGAAAAAUAAUAAUGGGACAUAAAACACAUCAAGCAGAAAAUUUUUUAUACUUCA